AGAGAUGAUUGAUGAUCAAGUCUUGGGAUUCAUUGCUAACUUUCUUGGCAUUUUCAGUUUUGCUUUGGUUAUAGCAUAUCACUUGGUUGUGGGCAACCUUAAAUAUAAAGCUAGCUAGAAUACUUUAAAUUUUCUGAUGUAUUUGAGACAAAGUUUUUAUUUCCAGCGUAAAGUGCUUAUUAGCUAUGGAGUUGUUAUUAACUAAGAGUGUGAAUUGUCAAUUGACCUGAAUUCUUGGCCUAUUAUUGGUUCUUAUUUUGUUCUCAUUAUGAUAAUGAAACUGAAACUGAAACUAACUUGUUUUAAUUAUUGUCUUUAUUAGCUCAAAAGGAUUCUUCU